GUGUGUGUGUGUUUUAUGGGAUGUACCAGCUCAGAAUGCAGUGGUCUAGCAGCGGUUACCCCGGAUUGGAGCUUCCUACCGUCUAUUACCAGCGAACACCAAAGUUUGUGUGGAAAAGCUACAAAAACACGCGUUUGACCUGGUGCUGGAAAUAAAAAAGACUCACUCCGUGGGUCAUAAAUCGACUUCUGGAGGGGCACCAGAAGGUUCCAGAAGAUGGCCCAGUCUGUACACAUGAACCCCAAACUACCGAAUCUGGCUACCCCAUUUCACUGUGCCAAUCAGGAGGAGGUGGAUCAGAGCGGAGCUUAUUCAGUACAGACUCCAUAUGGAUUCCAACUGGACCUCGAUUUCCUCAAGUACGUGGAAGAAAUCGAAAGUGGUCAGAAUCUUCGACGGGCUAACAUGACACCUCGCAGAGCAUCACGGGACAGAGCCUCUCAGAGGAGCGUAGGGGGUCGUACCAGUGGCUGGACUUCUACCGAGUCUCUGGCGUCCACGACCAGUGAAGAUGGUCGCUCUGUUUUCCUACCGGUAUCUCAAAGCCAUGUCACGUCACCUAGCAAGUCCCAGCCACUUUCGCCAACUUCUGUUUUUAGUCCUAUGUUGCUGCCUGGUUCGAAGUUGCCACCUCCUCCACCACCACGCAAUCCCAGGGUUGAGAAAACACUGCUUGAAACGAGCCGCCGGCUGCAGCAGGAACAAGGCCUGUCAUCAAUCGUUUCAAACGUUCCUAUCUCUGACUUUCCAAAGCUAGACGCCAAAGACGGAGCAUUCCCCGGCAACCUACCAGCAAUUUCUCAGUUGUCUCCGGAUAGUCCCAUGCUACAGAUUUCAGCUCCUGUACUAAAUCUACCUACAGGCGGCUGGACCAAAAGUAGUCCUCAAAAUUCUGGCCGGAGCACCCCGGCCUCCAUUUCUGGAAUGUCUUCAUUCUCUCCAGGGCAGCUUCAGACAGUACGAGAGCAGAUGGCCGCGGCCCUUAGGCAGCUCAGGGAGAUGGAAGAAAAAGUCAAAUGUGUACCGGCCCUCGAGAGAGAGGUGUCUAUGCUUCGAGAGGACAAGGAUAAGCUCCUCGAAGCCCUUCGGAAGAAAACAGAGGAACUUAGUGCUAUACUUAAAGCAAAGAAUCCCAAAAGUCCAGGUCAAGAGUUGAAGUCCAGUGAGACAGUGAAGAGCCCGUCUGUUUUGAAAAUAGAGAAAAGAUCCGUAGCUGUCGGGAGUGAUGCCCCCUUUGAAGCAGUGAAGGUUAGGAACUCCCAGGAUGUAAAGCACGUUGCAGUAGAAGCUUUUGUCGAUGUCUGUAACAGAGCCAUCGAGACCGACACAAAGACUCUUCGUGAUGAAGAAGUUCAGGCUAAAAUCCAAACGGUCGACGCCUCCGUUUGGGUCGUGGAGUCUCUACUCGGGCUGUCGAGUGCGGCCGAACAAGAAAUCGAUUCCCUCAGGCAGACCGUCAGCUGUCAGCAAGAGUCGAUCACGAUCCUUAAGGCGCGAUUGACCCAAGCCAAUCAGGACCUGGAAGAGUCGAGGGCUCUGGAGAUGGAGAGAAGGUCUAAAGUCAUGUUAGAAACAGGGACGCUCGUCAAGCCGGAAACGAUCAAUGUGCAAGUGUGGACCGGAUGCCGUUUGCAGACCUCUGUAGGAGUCGGGGUUUCUGAUAAAGACUUUGCCGUGAAGAAAACUGACCAAUGCGUUCAAACACAAAACAUGGAGCAACCGAAGGACAAACCUGCUGUAGUCCAGGUCAGCACAGGAAUCCAAUGGGAAGAUCUUAGCACUGACAAACUGGAUAAUCAAGAACAGUCGGUCUCCGCCGAGGGUCCCCUGAAAUCAAUUAUGAAAAGAAAGGAUGGGAGUGCCUCAGGUGCGGCUUGCAACAGUGGCAAGAAGAGCUUGAAAUUUGUAGGAAUCCUUAAUGGAGGCUAUGACUCGACGUCUAGCGAGGAGGAGGAGGACGAGGAGGAAGAUGGAAGCUCCUCUGAUGGAAGUGAAGCCGGUGCGUGCUCAGACAGCAGCGAGGACGAGGCUGCAGCUCUGGAGGACACGUCUGAUGAAGAAAGAAACAUAAAUUUGGACGACAGCGAUAGUGAUGAAAACGUAUCAUCUGUAACUGAAGAUGUAAAGGGACAGAGUGACGUAGUCAAAGAAAAGUUUGAGCUAAGUUCGAAAAUGCGAGAGGCUUGUCUGAUUUUGAAGAAUAACCUGAAUAAUGGUGCCAAAACAACCAAGAGCAAAGAACUGCUCUCCAGCACCCACACUGUGCAGCUAGAAUGGUUCCGAGUGUCCAGUGCCAAGACUGCUCAGCCGUCCCGGGUUUCCAACUACCUGAUGGCUUUUUCUGAGAUUUCUUCUGCCCUGGUGGGGCAGAUAGUCAACAUGACCGACGGCAACGGCAACACGGCUCUGCAUUACAGCGUCUCACAUUCCAACUUCAUCGUAGUUGAUCUCCUGCUCGAUACAGGUGCGUGUAACGUGGAUCAGCAAAACAAAGCAGGAUAUACCGCAGUGAUGCUGGCUGCAUUAUCAGCUGUAAAAGAACCGGAUGACUUGCUGGUGGUCAAGAAGCUUUUCAAUAUGGGAAACGUCAAUGCCAAGGCGAGCCAGGCUGGGCAGACGGCACUCAUGCUGGCAGUAAGCCAUGGAAGGCUGGAGAUGGUGCGAGCACUGCUCGAGUGCGGCGCCAGCGUGAACGUUCAAGACGACGAGGGCUCCACAGCCCUCAUGUGUGCCAGCGAGCACGGCCGGGCCGAGAUCGUUUCCCUUCUGCUCGAGCAGCCUGGCUGCGACAUCUCCAUCGUAGACAAUGAUGGAAGCAACGCCCUGUCCAUUGCUCUGGAGGCAUCGCACAAUGACAUUGCUGUACUACUUUAUGCCCAUAUGAACUACUCUAAAGCUCAGUCUGAUGCAUCACACAGAGCAAAUCCAUCCAGUUCGAGAAAAGCCUCCUAGUGUAGAGAAGCAAGUAUUAACAGCACUAACUACUUUUAAUAAAAGAAAAACUAACAUUGUUUGUUAUUGUUGAGGAGUUUACAUGUUAUCGUCUAUGCAAGACUUCGAAUUUAUAUGCAGUUAUAUGAUUUAACACAUUCUACUUUUCUCACGGUAUCACUGGGUGUAAACGAUGUAUGGAUCGUCUCAGCCGAUCGUCUUAGGACCCGGAUUUGUCACUUCGAAUCAGCAAGUCACCCAAAGACAAAUGAAAGAUGCUUGAAACAACAUUCAUCCAGAAUUCUAUUUGUAAAGUACUCGGUUGUUCUUUCAUAUUUGUUUUAUCUAUUUAUAUUAGCCAUAGAUGAUCAUUAAUGCACAUUGACCUGUAGACAAAGACUGAAUACAAGUACAGUAUUUUUUGCAUUUAUUUGCAUUGUAUUGUAUUGUAAAAACCAAAGCUCAAUAUAUUCCAAAGCAUCGCUGAUAAAAUGCUUUUGCAUUGUUUUCCAGCCCUGUAGCGCCACCUGCUGGUGGAUUUUACAAGUAUAUUUACUUUAUGAAACAUUUACCCAUGCAGGUUGACUAACUCAGUAUUAAGACUGGAAAACUGUCUAAUGGUUAAGGAUGCAGUAGAUGAAUCAAAGCUGGACAAAACAUUUUUAAAUGAUGGCGCUUACAAAAACAGGGCCACCACAUGCCCUGAAGACUGCUUUAAUCCCUAUCAGACUGCUGUCAUAUGAAUUUUGAAUGGUACACUAUGUCACCAAAGGUAUUUAGACACAUGACCAUGAGCUUGUUGAACAUCCCAUUUCAAAAACAAAUGGUAUUAAAAUAGAGGAACUUGUCAGUGGUCCUCAACCACUAAGCUAUGGACUGGGUCACUUAUUACCGGGCCGUGCAGAAAGAAUCAAUAAUUUAUUGACAAUCAUGCUUUAAAAGAUUUUAAUUUAUCAAUUUUCUUCCAUUUUCUCCCAAUUUAGUGUAGUCAAUUUGUCUUCCGCUGCUGGGGGAUCCCUGAUUGCAGUCGAGGUGGGUAUAUUACUGCUCACGCCUCCUCCGACUCGCGCGCAGCCCUUAGUGGAACCCUUUUUCCAUCCAUGCACUCUGCCCAGGCGCCUCUCUGCUAAUCAGGGUCCUUACGCAGCGUUUGACCCCACCCACAUAGUCCGGACAUCCCGCCCUAGCAGAAACGUUUCUGCUGCAAGCACUGCCCGCUAGAUGGUGCCCAGCCGAUUGGUGGCAACACCGAGUUUCGAACCGAUGAGUUCAGAAUCUCGGCAAUGGUGUGCUAGCGGAAUAACCCGCUGCGCCACCUGGGUGCCACCUAAUAAGUGUUUUAUUUUGAAAAACGGGAUUCUCUUUAUAUAACGUUCGUCUCUUCCUCUUGACGCGUUUGACACGUGGCUGUUUCAGUCAAGGCAGAAUAUCCAGAGAUCGUUACAAAAGCAAUUAAAACACUGCUUCCAUUUCCAGCAUCCUAUCUUUGUGAAAGCAGGAUUUUCUGCACUGACGGUUUUCUGCAAAUCCUUACAGACAUAGUCCAAAAUCUUGUGAAAAGCUUUCUCAGAAGAGUGAAUUCUGCUAUAGCAGUAAGAUGGGGAAGCUCUACACACUUAGGGUCAGAUCUUGUGGACUUUUGGUCAUAUAGUGGAUUUAUAGUGGGGGACGGACAGAUGGACGGAUGGACAAGUAUUAUAUCACGUUUAUAAAUAAUUGCCUCCUGUGCAAAUAUCCACUUUGAAUGCACACACACACACAAACAUACACACUUUGUUGACUUUGUACUUGGUUUGACAAUUAAGUUUAUAGAAGCACAUAUUAGUGGAUCAGACACAGCAGCGCUGCUGGAGUUUUUAAACACUGUCUAUUCACUGUCCACUCUAUUAAACACUCCUACCUAGUUGGUUCACCUUGUAGAUGUAAAGUCAGAGACGAUCUCUCAUCUAUUGCUGCUGUUUGAGUUGGUCAUCUUGUAAACCUUCAUCAGUGGUCAGAGGACGUUGCCCACGGGGUGCUGUUGGCUGGAUAUUUUUGGUUGGUGGACUAUUCUCAGUCCAGCAGUGACAGUGAGGUGUUUAAAAACCACCCAAAUAAUAUCUGGUCUGUAGUGGUCCUGGGAGAGUCCUGACCAUUGAAGAACAGCAUGAAAGGGGGCUAACAAAGCAUGCAGAGAAACAGAUGGACUACAGUCAGUAAUUGUAGAACUACAAAGUGCUUCUUUAUGGUAAGUGGAGCUGAUAAAAUGGACAGUGAGUGUAGAAACAAGGAGGUGGUUUUAAUGUUAUGGCAUGUUGGCAGUAAUUUGGCUAGUCCUGAUUGGAGAAAGAAAGGGUUGGAUGUGACCACAACGCUGUCGUACCCACAGUAAGGUAUAGAGGUGGGAGCAUCAUGAUAUGGAGCUGCUUCUGUGCAAAGUUACUGAGGGGGAUUUAUCUCAGAGCUAAAAAUUGUACACGCACACUAUUUGUGUAAAUGUAAAGUGGAUAUAUGCACUGGAAGUUAAGCCCGACCGACCAAUAGCACCUCUGAGGGAUUCAAACCCUGUAUAAUAAUUGAAUACUUGUUUCCAUCACUGUUCGUUAUUAUAUUUGUACUAGCCUAUUUGCUGUAUUAAUUCGUCUCUUUUCUGAAUGGUGGCUAACCCAACACUGCUCUCUUUUACUGUAAGAUAUUAUUACUGUAUUACUUUCUAGCAUUUUUAUUUCACUUUGUUACAUGACUUAGGCUGUUUAGCCACCGUAAAACAUGAUAAUAAAGUUUAUAAGGUAAAUAAA